GGGCAUAAGAGAUCUGAAAAAAGAAUCCUUUUAUGUAUGAUGUGUUCUUGAAGUUCAGCCUGAGAAAAACAAAAGCCGUCUUUUACGUCUUCCCAGACAAGCGAUCAUGUCAUCCUCUGGAGAUACCACCGCCGACGCCGCUGUAGCGAAACCUUACUUCUGCUACCAAUGCAACUGCACCGUCACCAUAACAGUCUCUGCUUCCUCCGAUCCUUAUUGCCCUUUAUGCCAUGAGGGCUUCCUCGAAGAAUAUGAAAACCCUAGCCAUGACUUCAAUUCCCAAAACCCAAAUCCCAAUCAGAACCCGAAUCCCUUAUCUGACCCAAAUUUCUCAUUCCUGGAUCCUGUCUCUACCCUAUUGCCUCUUCUCUUCUCGUCUUCCACCACCAUUGACUUGCAAAACCCUAAUCUCUUUGGGAACUCACGAGCUGCUUCUCUUGAUCCUGAUGCAUUCAAUCCGAUGGACUUUUUGCGAAACCAUCUCCAGAACCUCCAUUCCGGUGGUGCUCGCAUCCAGUUUGUUAUCGACAACCACCCGUCAGAUCCAGGGCUUCGCCUGCCUACGAAUAUUGGGGACUACUUCAUUGGACCGGGUCUGGAGCAACUGAUUCAACAACUGGCAGAGAAUGAUCCAAACCGGUAUGGGACACCGCCGGCAUCAGAAUCGGCUAUUGUCGCAUUGCCAACUAUUAAAAUCACUGAGGAGUUGUUGAAUUCAGAAAUGAAUCAGUGUGCCGUUUGCAAAGACGAGUUUGAGAAGGGGGCUGAGGCGAAGCAAAUGCCCUGUAAGCAUGUGUAUCAUAACGAUUGUAUACUGCCAUGGCUUAAAAUGCAUAAUUCAUGCCCUGUAUGUCGGUAUGAGUUGCCCACUGACAACGAUGCUGAUUAUGAGAGUCGGACACAUGGCUCCCGCCGGAGUCAAGGGAGCAAUGGAGCAGGAAGUGGAGGGGACAAUCGGACAGUGGAGAGGCGGUUUAGUGUUUCCCUUCCGUGGCCUUUUGGAAGACAUGGGUCUAGCAGUGAUGGUGGAGCUGGUGGUCAAAGUAGCGCUUAAGGACUGUAUUGGAGAUUGUGAGUCUGAUAUUAUGCGGAAAAAUCAAGAGCAGAUUUCUGGGCAAAGGAAAACGUUAUAAAAGCUGGAACAGUCUAUGUAAACUUAUAAACAGUUUAAGAUUGUUAUUAAGCAUGGCAGUCUUUAUCAUACAUACGCAUUGAUGUCUGAGUUAUAUAAUUUGUAUAGAUCGAUAUAUUUGUUUC